GAUGUAUUUACUGAUCGCAGGCUCGCAUAAAAAAUCAAAAUGGCGGACGUUCCGGAAAAUGCACCCGAACACUGCCCUGGAACGGGAAGCGAGCAGGCCGGGAAAAGCAGCGCUUGUCAAGGUUGUCCAAAUCAAAGUAUUUGCGCCGCCAGCAAACCGUUGGGACCAGAUCCAGCUGUAGAAGAGGUAAAGGAAAGAAUGUCCUCAGUGAAGCACAAGAUCCUGGUGUUGUCAGGCAAAGGAGGAGUUGGCAAAAGUACUUUUACAGCCCAUUUAGCACAUGGGCUUGCAGCUGAUGACAGCAAACAGAUUGCAGUAUUGGAUGUUGAUAUUUGUGGUCCUUCUAUUCCUAAAGUGAUGGGUCUUGAGGGAGAACAGGUACACCAAAGUGGCUCAGGAUGGUCACCUGUGUAUGUAGAAGACAACCUUGGUGUUAUGUCUGUGGGGUUCUUGCUAAGCAACCCCAGUGAUGCUGUCAUUUGGAGAGGACCGAAGAAAAAUGGUUUAAUUAAACAGUUCUUACGUGACGUUGACUGGGGUGAGGUGGACUUCCUUGUGGUGGACACACCCCCGGGCACCUCUGAUGAGCACCUGUCCAUUGUGCAGUACUUGAGCAACACAUAUGUCGAUGGAGCCAUUAUCAUAACAACUCCACAGGAAGUGUCACUGCUUGAUGUGCGUAAAGAAAUCAACUUUUGUAAAAAAGUUAGAAUGCCUAUAAUUGGAGUGGUGGAAAAUAUGAGUGGUUUUGUUUGUCCUAAAUGCAAGAAAGAGUCUCAGAUCUUUCCACCGACCACAGGAGGGGCUGAGAAAAUGGCGGCUGAUAUGGAGAUACCCUUUCUAGGCAAAGUACCGCUGGAUCCCAGAAUAGGUCGUUGCUGUGAUGAAGGGAAAUCUUUUCUGUCUGAAGUGCCAGAGUCACCGGCAGCUGAUGCUUACAAGCAAAUAAUUCAAAAGAUUUUAGAUUACUGUGGGAAGAAACUGGAUGACAAUUAAUGGCAAAUUGUUAAAGAUUAAGGAGAACUGCAUAGAACAACAUGCGCUGAUGAGUGGUAUCGCCUGAAAAUAACGCUCAGACUUACAACCAUCGUCGACACAGGAUAAAAGUAAUCCCACGGAUUGAAAGGACAGGAAGACGAGAGACUUGAUUACUAACUACAAACAUGCCUUUAAAUAAAAACCCGACUACACACUUAAGCUUGCUGCAGAACAGUUAGGCAGGUUGAUAGUUAAAGAUAAACUUCUUCCUUCUGCUUCUGAAACACCCAUGGACUGAUAUGCAUGAUAAAAGAACAUGUCUCCAACACAGUCUAUCUGAAAAGGAAGCAAAGAGACGUAUUGUUAACUUUGAAUGAUUGCACUCAUUCAGUUGGCGCCGGUGAAAAUUUUGUGUGCAGCUUGAUUCCAUGGGUCAUGUCUAGGAAGGUUAUGUCUAGGAAGGUAGGUAGAGAUUAGAAUGCUAGAAUAUCUUGUAGAGAUCACGCUUUGCGCCUUCUAUGCUCCUACGCAGACUUUUGUUUGACUCGUAAUGCGUCACGCACUUCCAGUGUCUACCUACGCCGUCGUAAUAUUGUCACGCCGGCUGUCACUCAAGCUUGCUGUAAUAAGUUUAGCCGUGUGACAUUGGUUCGUAUCAAGAAAUUUCAAGUGGGUUAUCUGUGGUUUCAUGGUCUCACUGAUUGUAAUGUGAUCUCCUCUUACGGUGUAAUUACGUUGUCAAGACGAUAGUGAUAGCGAGGAAAUUUUCAGCUGUAAGAUAUUCUCUUGAUGUGCUAGUAAAUUCUUAAAACUCACAUAAAAGGUAAUGUAUUACACUUAAGGAAAAAUUUGAAUUUCAAUCUUGGGACUGUUGUUGCAAGGGUACGUUUGCAGAAACCGCCUGGCUGCGAAUGAAGUUGAACUACCGUAAAUCCUCGAAUUAGCGCCCCCUCGAAUAAGCGCCCCCUUCAAAUAAGCGCUCCUCCUAUCAGCCAAUUUAAAAUAAGGUCCCCCCCCGCCUCGAAUA